AUGAAAUUACGCCCAGGAGAUAAGGAGGGCUACUAUGAUGCUAACGAGAUGGGUGGCCCACCACUAAAUCCGGGAGGUGCAAGCAGAUAUUUUGAUGGACAAGGCUACACGGGUCGUCAAGACCCAUAUGCAAAUCAGAACUUCCGCAACGGAACAUCAAGAGAUAUGACGGGGUAUCCGAUGUACGGUCAGGAUUAUGGCAGUCAGCCACAGCCGAUGUACAACAUGGAUAUGAAUCGCAGAAAUAAUAUGGAUGGUGGAUAUGACCAAUACACGGAUGAUUACGAAUUUCCCUCAGGAAAUCAAGGUCAAAAUAGCUGGGAACGAUCUGGAUCAAACUACCCUUCAAACGGAAACCGAUGGGAUGACGUAGAUGACCAAUGCAAGUAAGUGACCAGCUUUGUAUACCACUUGUCGAAAUCAUUUCCGUCGUCACGUUUUCGCCAUAACUGUCGCACAUAUUAUGUUUAUCUGCACAGUUGUGGCGUAGACAUCAUGAAUUAUGAGUAUCAUUUCGUUGUGCUUGUCGCGAAUGAUGAUGCAACUAAAACCUGACAUAAAGUAACAAAAUGUGUAUUAGAAACAGCCAGACAUUUUCCUGUCAAUAAGCGUUUCAGUUUAAUCCAUAUUUGUAACUUUCCUCGCAAUUACUGAAAAACCUGAAAUCAGGGCGAGACAACAGCUUCUCUUGACCAUUAUUCUACACAGAAGUGGGUUUUAUACAACGCUAGUAAUACCACAGUGCACAUCCCGCUAAAGAUACUUUAUUCAAUUAUGCUAAUGAAGGGCUCGUAGAACAAACAAUUACUGCACUCACGGUUCUAUCAAACAAACCUUUCAAUUACUAUCCUGGUUUACACGCACAAACACACACACGUACACUGAUUGUCGUUUUAAUGUCUCUUCACAUUGUUGUCCUCCUCAGAAUAGUACGACAAGUUCGUCAUUGAAGUCAAUGAGGAGAGAUCUGAGUCAGCAUAUUAGUCUCCACAGAUUACAUAUAACAGUGAAACAAUGACGAGAUAUGUAAGCAUCUUCAGAAGACGUUAGUGUAAACAGAUGAUCAGAACUGUUUAAAACCCGUAUUGAAUCAAUGGUACUGGUGUAUUCCCGGAAAAUAUUUGUGCAUACGGAAUGGUUCGUUAGAUGUUUAGACUCAACUAGGAAGAAACUCUGGAUUCGAUUCCCCUCCAGUGAGUACUUGGAAACAGGGUUUAGUCUGCCCUCACCAGUCUGAUGAUGCAAAUGCCAACCACUUGUGUGUAAUAAACAAAUAUUGUGAGUAAUUAAUACCCGUCAAACU